UGAAUUGUCAGUUGUUUGCUUUGCAUUCGGCUCAGUACUUUCUGUCAGUGAUUUUUCGUUCGUUGGUUGUUCGUGUCGUCUUCUUGGGUGUGGAAAUGUCUAUCGAGGCCUAAGCUGUGAGGCAUUGUGUGAACGAUGAAAAGUAGCCCCACGCGCAAAUAUGAAAAUUUCUCCAACGACCAGCCUGGGAAGGAAACGGACAAGUAUUCUUUAGACAGCCAAGACACCGCCAGUGUGCAUUCCACGGAGGAGGGGGGCGGGGGGCGGCGUGGGUUGAUCGACGUGAGCGCUGGCGCAGGCGACAUGUGGAUCAGCGCCGUCGAGAGCUCCAUACUGGCCUGGGAGGAGGUGGCUGAACGUCUGAAGGUAGACGUUCGCCGCGGCCUCUCAUGGCGGGAAGCAAACGAUCGUAUGAACUUUGUUGGCCCCAACGAGUUCCAAGUCAAGGAACAGGAACCGCUAUGGAAGAAGUACAUAGAACAGUUCCAGAAUCCCCUCAUCCUGCUGCUGCUUGGCUCAGCAGUGGUGAGCGUCUGCAUGCGGCAGUUCGACGAUGCCAUAUCCAUCACCGUGGCCAUCAUGAUAGUAGUGACAGUGGCCUUCGUCCAGGAGUACCGCUCCGAGAAGUCCUUGGAGGAGCUGAACAAACUGGUGCCGCCAUCUUGCAACUGUCUCCGAGAAGGCAGCCUAGAACACUUCUUAGCGCGGAACCUGGUGCCUGGAGACAUAGUCCACCUCAAUGUCGGUGACCGAGUGCCGGCCGAUCUCAGGCUCUUCGACUCCACAGACCUGGCCAUCGACGAGUCCUCGUUCACUGGGGAGACGGAACCGGCUGUCAAAAGCGUGUUGCCCAAUAAAGCCGCUGCAGGGAGGGUGAACAAGGAUAACAUUGCGUUCAUGGGCACCCUUGUGAGGUGUGGUAAUGCUAAGGGUAUUGUAGUAAGCACAGGCGAGCGAUCAGAAUUCGGAGACAUCUUCCGUAUGAUGCAAGCUGAGGAGGCUCCAAAGACUCCAUUGCAGAAGUCCAUGGAUACCCUGGGCGCUCAGCUGUCCAUGUAUUCCUUCUGCAUCAUCGGCUUCAUCAUGGUGACUGGAUGGCUCCAAGGAAAGGCUCUUCAGGAGAUGUUCACCAUCAGCGUCAGUUUGGCAGUCGCUGCUAUUCCUGAAGGUCUGCCAAUCGUGGUGACGGUGACGUUGGCUCUGGGCGUGAUGCGCAUGGCCAAGAGGAAUGCCAUCGUGAAGAAACUGCCCACUGUCGAGACUCUUGGUUGUGUAAAUGUUAUCUGCAGUGAUAAGACCGGAACCCUAACUAAGAACGAGAUGACAGUGACCACAAUAUCGACGUCUGGCGGCCAUAUUGCGCAAGUCACGGGCACUGGGUACAAUGCGUGUGGAGAUAUAGAGUUGAGGGCGUAUAAGGGACGGGAUUUGGACGUAGCUCGGAUGGCUGUCAAUACAAUGCUGGAGGUGGGUGUGCUGUGUAAUAAUGCGACGAUUCGCGACGAUACUUUGUACGGGCAGCCGACAGAGGGCGCGCUACUCGCUGUUGCGCUUAAGAACGGAAUGCGUGACGUCCGGGAUGAUCAUACGAGGUUGCACGAGAUUCCGUUCAGUUCCGAAACAAAAAUGAUGGUAGUAAAAUGCGCUCCCAAGUUCGGAGACGCUAAGUUAAAAGAGGAGGUGUUUGUAAAGGGCGCCAUUGAGAAGGUGUUGCCGCUCUGUACCCAGUACAUCGAUAGCAGCGGCAACUACGCGCCGAUGACUAAGGAGAAACAAAACGACUUCCUCGGGGAAGCCUACAAUAUUGCUAGGAUGGGUCUCCGUAUAAUCGCCCUGUGCCGCGGGCCCCGCAUGGAGUCGCUGACGUACACGGGGGUGUGCGGGGUGUGCGACCCCCCGCGGGAGGGGGUGCGGGAGGCGGUGGCGACCCUGGCGCGCGCCUCCGUCGACGUCAAGAUGGUCACCGGGGACGCACGGCCCACUGCACUCGCUGUCGCUCAAAUGGUCGGUCUGGAUGUAUUACACUCUCAGUCAUUGGCCGGAGAUCAGCUCGACGCCAUGUCUGAUGAGGAACUGGAUAGGAUGAUCGACACUGUUAGCGUUUUCUACAGAGUAACACCGAAGCAUAAGUUGGCUAUUGUGAAGUCACUGCAGCGAGUGGGCAACAUUGUGGGCAUGACAGGUGACGGUGUUAACGACGGUGUGGCUUUAAAACGCGCCGACAUCGGUAUCGCGAUGGGUCGCAAUGGUACCGACGUCUGCAAGGAAGCUGCCGACAUGAUACUUGUCGAUGACGACUUUGGAACUAUCAUCUCGGCCAUAGAAGAAGGAAAGUGCAUCUUCUACAACAUCCGCAACUUCGUCCGCUUCCAACUGUCAACAUCUAUCGCGGCUCUGUCUCUCAUCGCGCUCGCUACUCUCAUGGGUAUACCAAACCCGCUGAAUGCCAUGCAGAUUCUAUGGAUCAAUAUUAUUAUGGACGGUCCCCCGGCGCAGUCCCUGGGCGUGGAGCCGGUGGACCACUCGGUGCUCCGGCGCCGGCCGCGGGACACGUCGCGCCGCAUCAUCUCCCGCGCACUGCUGCUCAACGUACUGCUGGCCGCCGCCAUCAUCAUCGCCGGCACGCUCUGGGUCUUCAACCGGGAGAUGUCGGACUCCCGCAUAACUCCCCGCGACACGACGAUGACGUUCACCUGCUUCGUUCUAUUCGACAUGUUCAACGCGCUCUCGUGUCGGUCCCAGACCAAGUCUGUGUUCGAAGUGGGACUGUUCUCCAACAAGAUGUUCCUGGUGGCGGUGUCGCUCAGUCUCGUGGGACAGAUGUUGGUUAUAUACUUCCCACCGCUGCAGAACGUUUUCCAAACUGAAGCGCUAACUGGACAUGAUUUAAUAUUCCUGGUAAGUCUAACGUCAAGCGUGUUCAUAGUGAGCGAAAUUAAGAAGCUGAUUGAGCGAAGCCUGAAGAAGCGCGCUGCAGGUAAGUUCACGGGCAAGUCCCGGGACGCCAUGGACUUUGUAUGACACAAGGCGCAGUAAGUGGCCCGACCGCUCGACCAAACACAUUGGGACUUAUAAACUUUCAAAAUUUGAGUGUCGCGGGAGUGAGUGAGUCGCGGGAGAGUGAGAAUGAGAUUGAGAUUGAGUCUCAAACUCCACCCUUCUCCAUAUACGACGGAAAAAUCGAUAUUCCUAUGAGUUUUUAGAAAUUACCGCAGUAUUUUUGUGUGAGGUUGUUGAUAAUUAGUUUGUUUCUUAAGUAAGUGUAUAUUUUCGAACGGUGUUUUUUUAUGCGUGACACGAAUUCGAUAUUUUUUGGUUCAUUUUUUAUGUUGAAACGUGUCUGUCGUAUAUGGGUGUGCUAUGUACGUUGAUGUUGUAGUAAGAUAGUUUGUAUGUAGACAAUUGGAGCAUUCUAACAUUGCAGAGUGAUCCACUAAGUUAUGUUUAUAGAAUGUUGUUAUUAUAUUAUCAAAUCUCAUUAGAUCGUUUAAAUAGUGAUAAGAUAUUCUGCAAUGUUAGGGUCGUUUAGUAAAGAGGAAUAUCUCUUUAAUUAUGCAUUUAAAAUUAUGACAUUUUGACAUGGAAAUGAACAAUAGUUAUGUAAUCAAUAUGACAGUGUUAAUACCAUUAUGAUAUCUUGGAAUUAUUCAAAAGAAUAUGUUCUAUAACCUUUUAAAAUGUGUGAAAAGGUUUUAAUUGAUGAAAUCUUGAACCACAACUCGUGUCGACAAAAGCAUUCCUUUAUAUAAUACUAAGGCUGAGAUGAAGCCCAAAAUUUUGCUCUAAUACAAAAUCUAGAUUUUGCGCUAUAUCUGGUGGCGCCACUGUCGUUUUAAGUCAUGUUCAAAUGUAUUAACGCAAUUUUAUAGACCAAUCAAUUAAAAUGGUCGUGACACUUAUUUGCUACAGUGGCGCCGCCAUGCGAACAUCGUUAUUUCAUUUAUUCUAUGUAAAAGAUCUCAGCCUUAAUAUGAAUUAUAUUAGUAUUGCUAGAUGGUAGCACCAGUGACUAUAUUAUGACUUAUUUUAAUAUUUAUUCCUUCAUUAUGAAUUUACACGUUACCGUCAAUAUACCAGUUCUUGUGACCUCUCACUGUAUGAAACGUCUUAAUAAUGGUAGGCCAGGUAAUAGUGGACGUUUAAAGUCUUAUGUUAACCUGGUACUAAGUGAAAGAAAAAAGCUACAUUUUAGGACAGUAUUUAAAUUUAAAUAUCCAGUGUUAAAAAAAUAUGAAACUAUGACUCUAUAAUAUCGAAUAGUGCCAUUUUUCUCUUCAAUCACACAUAAUAGUGAAUCGAUAUAUUCAAGGGACGGUAACGUAUCAACUUCUCAAAAAUAUCGAUAAAAUUUAGAGGUGUACCGCACUUCUGUUAUGAAAGUAUGUCGUUUUAAAAAUAUAUGAAUUAAUAUUUAUUUCUCUCAAUGUUAUAUUUAGGCAAUCGGUGUUGCAAGCUCGCUUGAAUAUUUUAGAAGUUUUUUUAGCUUCAAUAGUGAAUAAAAUUAUGAUAUUAGAUGUUCUUGCGUAAUUUAGGCUGGGUUUGGCUACAAGCAACAAGAUAGAGGUGCGAACUAUUUUAUCGAAUAGAACACUUAAAAUAUUGGUAUUUAACUCGCAGUGUUGCCAUUUAAAAACAUUUUUCUAACUAGCAAACCCAGCUAGAAAUUCAGUGUCUAUAACAUAAGUAAUUAUGUAUUAAAUAAAAUAUAAAUAUAACGGGUAUAUUCAUGUCAUGUUAGAGAGGGAUAGCGCUAUAUAACUCGUAUAUAUCUAUCUCGUUCAUCUAGUAUGGUAGUCACACAAAUUGUUUUAGCUUAUCGCUAUGUGAAUAGCACCAAAAAGCAGCUUGAAUCGCUUCUCAUCGCUUUAGGAAAUCUUAAUUUAUUGAGAAAAUAUUUUAAACGUAACAUUUUAAUUGAAUAUAUUAUUUAAUAUAGAAUGGCUUAUAAACAAAAUCACGAUUUAAUCAAGUGAUUUUGGGCUGUAUUGUCUUGAGAAUAAGGUGUAUAGAUAAAUCGUUCAUGCAAAAUUAUAUUUUCACUCAACAUCAUCUCUAUGCCUAUGGCAUAAAAUUCACAAUUGCUUGAAUAAAUUGUAAACGGAUUUGUAGAGGCUAAUGUUACUUCAAAUGUAUAAAGUAAGUCAAUAUAAAUGUUGGCACUUAAAAAAAUUAAAAAAAUGUAUUAGAGUUUGUGGACCAUAGAUAUUGAAUUAUCUAAAGAAAAUGAUAUUAAAUAAUAUCUAUGCGAAAUCAUCAUAUAAGCGUGUGACGCAUAGUUUCAAAAAAAUGUUUGGGCAUCAACAUUUCAUUCUGUAUAAAAUCUAGGUAGAGAAACCCAAAGGGGAAAUAAAAUUAAAAUACCUAAAAAAAACAUUUUAUGUAGUGACAAAAUGUAAUUUAAAAUUAAUGAUAUCUAAAGUAUACUUGUUAAAUACUAUGUCUAUCUCACAUAUAAAACAUGCAACGCGCAACGUUACAUGCAACAUCCUUCAUGUUGCAGCGUGAAUUUCAGACUGUAUCAAGACCUGAAUUAGAACGAAAAUGCUUUGAACACGAGUCUAGAAUUCUAGGCUUCUUUUUCAUGAGUAAAUACUGAAAAUUUCAGUGUUUAAAUCUGUAAAAAAUACCUAAAACGCGUUGUGUGUAGGAGUUAUUAAAAUACUCCUUUUUUAAAAAUAACUACUAACGGUCUAAAUUUUAACCCAUUAAUUGUCAAAAGAAACAUAUAGGUUUUGUCUUUAAAUGUGUUUCUUUAUUUGUAAUUUAGAAUACAGUGUCUACCCUUAACUAUUAGGCGUUCCCAAAUUGGCAGAGUAACCAAGAAUGGGUUAACAAAAUUGUGGUAAAAAUUAUAUAAUAAACCCUAUAAUAUUACUCGAUGUAAUCUGUUAGCUGUAAUAUAGCUUAAAACAGCUUAUUUUAGCGAGAAAAAAAUGAAUAUUAUUCUUAUUAAUGAACCUAAUCAAAUUAAUAUAAAAACUAUAUUAUUCUUAUUAUAAUGUCGUAUAUAUGAUGUCCUAUUCAAUCAAAUCUUAUGUACGUACGUCGAUCGGAAUUUUAAUCUUAUGUCUUUUAUGGGAAAAUUAACUUUGAGUGCGUAUAAUAAGAUCUAUUUUACCUUGGCAGACGAUACAACUAUACGUUUUGUAGGUUUAUCUGGCUAUCUAAUGAUUGCCUGAUCGUCCCCAUUCAAACGAUCUUUAGCCUCAAGUAAUAAUAAGUACUUCAAAUCCAGUCGUUAUUUCUUAAAAUCAAGAUGUUUUCUUACUUAAAGGACAUGAGAUUAAAAUUCUAGUCGUACAGUAUGUUCCCUUGAAACAAUUUAGUUUUGGGAGUGAGUGUCGGCUGUGAUAAUCAAUAAUAUGGCCCCGGAUGAUAUUACAAGGUUUUUAUUGUAUUUAAAUCCCGUUAUUUUUGUCUACAAUGUCAAUAGUAAAACUUGGUGAGAUCAGAUUCACUGAUAAACUCCAACUUUUGGCAAUUAUCAACCGAAAAAAAAAACAAAAAAAUAAUAUAAUAACUAUCGUGAGACAUACUAUACAUCGCGAAAAGAUCUAUUAGUUUCGAGUCACAGAGGGACUCUUAAUCAUGAAAAAUGUUACUAUAGAGGCUAAUUUGAAAAAUAUCAAAUAAAAAUACAGAUAGUACAAGAAUACUAUCUAUGGAUCGACUAACGUUAAUGAAAAAAUCAGUGACAAAUAUUUUGUAAAGAGAUCGGUUAUUAUUAUUAGCCGUAAAAGUGUGACAUUUUGCAGUCUAUCUGAUCUCACUCAUUAAUAAUGUCCCCUUUAUUUUAGUACUUGGUUUGACAACGGCCGAAAAUUCUACACAUUACAGUAGAAUUUAGGUCUUAAUUUAUUGAUUUUAACAAUACAAUUGGGAGUAACGAAAUUUAACCAAUGGAUGUACCACAAGUACUCCUCUGGCUAUCCCUUUUCGGAGAAUUACAGGCAAGUUUUGUUCUUUAAAUGUGCAGUACCUGACGAUAGAUAUUGCGCAUCGAUUUUUAGAAAGAGACAAUCGACCAAGGUGUCACGUGUACCGAUAAUGAUGGUGAGUCAUUGUAAAAAGCUAUAUACAAAUAAACUGUAAUGUCUCUUUGAUAUUAAGGUCGUGAAAUCGUGUGCAAUAUUUAUCGCUAGGUACUGUAAUUAGUAAAUCUCAUUUGUUUGGUCUAAUAAGGUGCUUGGAAGACUGUACGAGAGUUGGUGGCGCUAUGUAUUAUAAUCUGACUACAAUUAUUUUGUCCAUUUGUCUAUAUAAUGUCUUCUAGAAACGGAUUUGUAUGUGUAUUUCAUGAAAAUCAGAGAAACAUGCCAAUGUCAACAUAGAAGAACUAGUGUUGUCAACGGUCUGUAGAAAGAUAUAUCGAUAUAUUGUAUCGAUAUUUGUAUUUACUGUAUCGAAACAAUAAUUUCAACGUAGAUUAUUUCUAGUGGAUCCGUUUCUAGUAUAUGAAGUUUUUUAAAACGAUUGUUUUUAUUGCACUAGGAGAACAACGUAACGUCACAGAUGUCAUAAUAUUUGUUAGUCAAAUGUAAUUCCUUUUAUCUAUUAGUUAAAUUAUGAAAUCGUAUCAAAACUUCUGCUUUUAAGUAUUUAUGAUCUUCGACGCGACUUUUGAACGACUUGCCAUUAUUAAUUUUAUUAUAUUAUUAAGUACAUACAAUUUUGUUGAUGUUGUAAUAUUAUGUGAAUUAAUUGACAGUUGUCGUGCGAUUGUCGUAUAUUUUUUAUAAUUCUGUUUUUAUUAUCUCCCUCAUAGGAAUAAUUUUGUAAUUAACACCAGAUAUUUUUAAGUAAUCAUUGAAUAUUCGUGUCGAGUAGUUCAAAAGACGUGAGUUUGAAUGAAAUGGAAGUGAUAGGAUGUAAUGUUUCUAUGUGAUCCCGAGUCAUAUCUGUAAGUUUGUGUCUCUGCGACUUAUAUUAUCUUCUAGCUAUCGUUGUACUAUCGCAGGAGCACCAUCUAGCGAAUAUCGACAUUUUAUUGUAUUAAUCAAAAGUCGAUUUAUGAAUAUCGAUAUCGGUAUUCGCUAGACGUGUCCCCUCACUAUUAUUAAGAUAUUUGAUGUUUUUAAACUACCUACAAGUAAAUGUUAAGUAGGGAUUGACUCUCUGUAGUAAUUUAAGGCACUUAGGGCAUUUUGAAAUGACGUAGGAGGUUACAAAUUUUAAUGUAUUUGAAAUUAUAACAAAAAAAUUAAAAUAAAAAAUAUUUAAUGUAAUAUCAAUUAAUUGAUCAAAGUAUUUGUAGUCUUUUAUAAGGUUGGGUGGGGUUGUAACCGUUGUGGGAGUAACAAGAGAUAAAAAUAAACAUAAGUCUAUGUCAAUAAUUGUUAAUGGCAUUUGGCUGUUGUGAUGGCAAUAUACAUCUUUUGUCAUUCGCGCCAUCUCUUAAACAUUUGUCAUAACUAAAUACCAUAAUGAAGAAUAACAUCAACCUAUUAAAUAAAUCGGUUAAAACUAGUAUGAGAAAAAAACACAACGGUCACAAUCCCACCCAAUAUUUUGUAUUCUAAAUACAUUUUCUCAAACUGUUUUCACCUCUUUGUAAAAUAGUGAAAUUGUGGAUUAAACCAGUUCUGUAUAGCUACAGUUAUAAUAAAUUGGUGGUCGCAUUGUUUAGUAAUGAUUAACUAAUGGACUUAUAGUUUAAUUUAACCAGGAUUACUUGCAAAGAAUUUGGUUUAAGUUGCUAACUUCCUCGUUGGAAGGCAAUUUAAGAGAAAUGUACCUUGGGCUGUAUUCCUAAGGUUGAUGUUUCAAUGCACAAAUACCAAUUCGUUUUGUUCUACCGAUCUUUGCGCAUGAUCUAAGCUACUUGUUGACAUUUCUAAACAGUGUGACCAGCCCUCAAAAUGAUAGUCAAAUACGUUAAUGUUUCGUAUAGCGAAGAAUUCUAUUAUCUUAGCUGUGCAGACAUGUACACCGUGCAAAUAAAAUAGUUCCAAAUGUG